GAGUCCGCAGUCAUGGAAGCGAACGGGCUGCCGGUGCCGCCGGUAAUGGACACACUGAUCGUUAACGGGGAACGAGAAGCCGAAGACCCAGCCAAGAAGAAAAAGAGGAAGAAGAAGAAAAACAAGUCAGUUGUUUCCGCAGGACACAGCGAGCAGGUUGAUGAUGGCGAGCUGGAGGUGAAGAAACCACUAGAACAGCAGAACCUGGAGGAGAAAGAGAGAGAAGAGGAUGGAGAAGAAGAUGGUGAGGAAGCUGAUAACACUUCAGGCAAAAAGAAGAAAAAGAAGCCAAAGAAGAAGAAAGGACCCAAAACCCAAACGGAUCCUCCAAGCGUCCCCAUCUGUGAUCUGUACCCCAGCGGUGUGUUUCCAGUGGGUCAGGAGUGUGAAUAUCCUCCCUCUCAGGACGGACGCAGUGCUGCGUGGAGAAUGAGCGAUGAGGAGAAGCGAGUACUGGAUGAAGCCAAUGAGGAGAUGUGGAGUGAUUUCAGACAGGCAGCAGAAGCUCAUCGACAAGUGCGGCGAUACGUCAAAAGCUGGAUUAAACCUGGCAUGACUAUGAUUGACAUCUGUGAGCGUCUGGAAGCCUGCAGCAGGAGGCUCAUUAAAGAGGAUGGUCUGAACGCAGGUCUGGCUUUUCCCACUGGCUGCUCUCUUAAUAACUGUGCUGCUCAUUACACUCCGAACGCAGGAGACCCGACAGUCCUGCGGUACGAUGACGUCUGCAAGAUCGACUUCGGCACACACAUAAAUGGCAGGAUCAUUGACUGUGCCUUCACCGUCACCUUUAAUCCAAAGUUUGACCAUUUGCUAGAGGCAGUGGCAGAUGCCACAAACACAGGCAUUAAGUGUGCAGGUAUAGAUGUGCGUCUCUGCGACGUUGGAGAAUCAAUACAAGAGGUGAUGGAGUCCUACGAGGUGGAAAUAGAUGGCAAAACAUACCAAGUCAAGCCUAUUCGUAAUCUAAACGGACACUCUAUUGGUCAAUACCGGAUACAUGCUGGAAAAACUGUGCCUAUAGUGAAAGGAGGAGAAGCCACCAGGAUGGAGGAGGGUGAGGUGUACGCUAUAGAGACAUUCGGCAGCACUGGUAAAGGAGUGGUGCAUGAUGACAUGGACUGCUCACAUUACAUGAAGAACUUUGACGUUGGACACGUGCCGAUCAGGCUUCCCAGGGCAAAGCACUUGCUGAACGUGGUGAAUGAGAACUUCGGCACACUUGCAUUCUGUCGCCGCUGGCUGGACCGUUUGGGCGAAAGCAAAUACCUGAUGGCCCUGAAGAACCUGUGUGACCUGGGCAUCAUCGACCCAUACCCUCCUCUGUGUGAUACCAAGGGCUCGUACACAGCCCAGUUUGAACACACCAUCCUGCUCAGACCCACAUGCAAAGAAGUGGUGAGCCGUGGAGAUGACUAUUGA